AUGUAUUCAAUUAUCUUCCCGGGCCAUACUUCGGUUCCAAGUCCUUACUAUGAGCCGGAGGAUACAGGGCUUUCACUUCUUCCCUCGGAGGCUGUUGCUGAGGAGAUAUUUCGCCAGAAUCUCCAGGAGACGCUUCCAACCUGGAUCUUGAGGGAUUCAACAAUAAUAGAUUCAAUAAUGCAUGGGAGCAUAUCCGCUUUCAACAAAACAUUCACAGCCAUCCACAGACAUGGGACAGCCUCAACAACGGCGACAGCAAAUAUUAACAGACGAUUACCAGUAACUGACGAGGCUAGCAAGGCUGAAAACGAGAGUGUCGAUGAUUCGUCCUGGCCUUCUCUCAUGACGCCCGAAAAUGAUUACGUGGCGCCUCGAUUGUUUUACGAUCCUUAUGGCCGCCUCACACAGUCUUUCACUUUUCACCAGGCUAGUGGAGACAAAGCAGAGACAACUGAGCCGUCAGUGCAGCCACCUACGCACAGUGGUUCAUGGCAGCCCAGUUCACUGCCUCCGCCUUUCCCAAGCUUAGCCGCUUACGGCCCGAGUCUUACCCCUCAAGACGAUUGGCCUUUCCAGGAUGAUACGACUGGUGGCGGUCUUGGUCGAGUGAGGGAAGGAUGGGCCGUGGAUCUAGCCCAUUUGAGUUCAUCCACAUCAGGAGGGCAUCAGGACGAGAAUGUCUUCGAUAUAGAGUGA